AGUUGAUAAAAUAAAUCAACAAAAAAGUGUUCGGCUGUUUCCGUAAUUUAUGCUAAUGAGGCGAUUCGGCAAAGAAAGCGUGGAACAAGCAUGGCCGCUCCAAAUAACUACUUUGGAUUCACCCCUGGUGGCACCCAGUACAGUGCUCAACCAGCAACAGCCUACCCUACAGCCCAACCUGCAUAUGUAGCACAACCAGCCACUCAUCAGGCAGCCUAUGCUGCUGCUCCUAGAGCAGCUGCAACUUAUGAGACGUAUCAGACUGCCCCCGCUACAAGCCAGUAUGCAUACACAACAACACGAGCCCAGGUCCCAGCUGCGACAUAUGAUACAACAAAGACAUUCUACCAGCCAACUGCCCAGCCUGCAUACACAGUCGCUGCAGAGACCCAUUAUCAAACAGCUGCCAAGCCUGUCUACUCAACAAAUACAUCCUACCAGACAGUCAGCCGUGCCACCACUGUACAUAAAACUGUUCCUGUAGCUUCAAGCGCAUCAACAUAUGUCUACCCAAGUACAACAGCAUCGUCUGCAACACCUGCUGCUACGACAUACGGAGCCACUUCAACAUCAUACACCAGCCCUACAAGUCAGUCUUCUAAAAAUUACUCCGGUUAUGAUGCUGCAUUAUAUUCUGCUGCAACUUCAUACUACCAGAGUAAGCAGGCUCCAAGUAGCACAACAAAUUUUACUAAAAAGCCCUACAUCAAGACAGCCAAGCCAAAGAUCCCACCCAAGCCCCCACAGCUACACUACUGUGAUGUUUGCAAGAUCAGUUGUGCUGGUCCUCAGACCUACAGGGAGCAUCUUGAGGGGCAGAAGCAUAAGAAAAAAGAAGCGGCAGCUAAGGCUGGAACCGCCCAGUCAUCAGCUAGUCGAGGUCAAAAUCAAUUGAAGUGUGAAUUGUGUGAUGUUGCAUGUACUGGCUCUGAUGCAUAUGCUGCACAUAUCAGAGGAGCAAAGCAUCAAAAGGUAGUAAAGUUGCACCAGAAGCUUGGCAAGCCCAUCCCAUCUUCUGACCCUGUUGUUGUUGUACCAGCUGGAAGCACUGCAGCUUCUGCAACCUCUGCUACCAAGGCAGCAGCCACUGGAACAGUGAAAAAAGUUACAGCCACCACUGCUGCCCCAGUUGUGAAGAAAGUGACUGCAACUCCUAAGAUCACAUUUGUUGGUGGCAACAAACUAAACUCCCUCAACAAAAAAGAGCAAGAAGUGGCCGCCCAAGCUGCUGCUGCUGCAAAUGCUGCAGACAAAGAUGACAGCCCAGUGUUGCCUGGAGAGAAAGAAGUGACCCCAGUUGGACACGAGUACAUAGAGGAGGUGAAGAAUGAGACUGGCAAGGUUGUUAGCUUCCAGUGUAAACUAUGCGAGUGCAAGUUCAAUGACCCCAAUGCUAAGGAAAUGCAUCUGAAAGGACGCAGACAUAGACUGCAGUACAAGAAAAAGGUAGACCCAAGUCUCCAAGUUGAAACAAAGCCCAACAUUCGUGAGUUCCAGAAGAAGUUUGAGGCAAAGAUGAAGGCUCAGCACAGGAUGGAGGAGGAGUACUACUGGGAAGAGAGACGCAGAUUUGAAGAGAUGCAGUGGGCACGUGGGCCAGGAGGACCUCCCUUCGGCCCAAGAGGACCUGGACCAAUGGGAAUGCGUCGUCCUGACACAGCAGAUGAUAGAACGGUCAUGGCAAAACACACCGCCAUCUAUCCAAAUGAGCAGGAACUGCAAUCUGUGCAAAAUAUCGUGUCAAGCUGUGAGAAGGCCUUGAAGAUGGUGUCUGACCACAUUGCUGAAACUGAUAGCGCUCCCAAGGCUGUUGAGACUCCUACUCCCCCAGCUAAGAAGGGAAAGAAGGGAGCCAAAGCUAAAGUUGUUGUUAAAGAGGAGCCUGAGGUGAAAGAGGAACCCAAGGAUGAGAAGGAUGACGAGAAGAAAGAUGAUGCCCCUGCUCGUGCACUAAAGGGUGUCAUGCGAGUUGGUGUGCUGGCAAAGGGUCUCCUGCUGCAUGGUGACUUGAAUGUACACCUGGUGGUACUCUGCUCAGAGAAACCAACCCGUACUCUACUGGAGCGUAUUGCCGACAACCUCCCUAAACAACUAAUGCUGGCUAACAAGGAAAACCCCAAGGGAGCUGAUGAGGUCUAUGAUGUUAGACGCUGUGUGGAGGAAUGUGCAAUCAUUGUCAGCAAUGACAAAGAACCUAAGGCCUCAUGCACGAUCACAUUGACCUCACCAGUGAUGAGAGAAGGGAAAGCUGACGCAGAGACCCCCACAGUGAAAGAUCCCCCAGAUGUACUGGACAGGCAUAAAUGCCUGGAUGCUCUUGCUGCACUACGCCACGCAAAGUGGUUCCAGGCUAGAGCUACUGGACUUCAAUCUUGUGUCAUAGUUAUUCGUAUCCUGAGAGACCUUUGCCAGAGGGUUCCAACUUGGUCCCCUCUCAACCAGUGGGCAAUGGAAUUACUGGUAGAGAAGUGUGUUAGUAGCUCCAAUGGACCCUUGAGUCCCGGUGAUGCCCUGAGACGGGUGUUUGAAUGUAUAUGCUCUGGGAUACUCCUGCCAGGAGGCCCAGGUCUGUAUGACCCUUGCGAAAAGGAGCCAACAGAUGCAGCCGGACAAUUGACCAAUCAGGAGAGAGAAGAUAUUACAGCCAGUGCACAGCAUGCCUUGAGGCUGAUUGCCUUCAGACAGAUUCACAAAGUCCUUGGAAUGGACCCACUCCCUGUACCGAAGUUCGCCAAGCGUAACUUCAAUCCACGUAAACGUCGUCGCACAACCAGUGGAGCUGAAGGCGAUGAAGCUGAAGAGAAGAAAGACAAGAAAGACGACGACUCUGUAGAGGACAAGUAAACCUAGAUAUUUUCACGACAAUUCUCAACAACAGACAACAAGUAAGGGACAUUGGACUAACUUGUUGGCAGUUAAUGUUCCUUGUUAACACAUAGUUAAGACUAGUGCUGAGAAAUGGUGAAAUAUGCAGUGUGGUACAGUUAAGGGCAAGACGGGACAGUUCAGUACUAUGUACUGAUACUCUAUGCUUAAAAUUGUUCAUUCAAUAAACUAGAGUGCUGUAUAGGAGGGAUGGUAAUCUUAUGAGGACUUACUAAGUAAGUGCUGUAUCAAGUAGAACUUUACUGCAGCGCAUAGAUCACCACAGCUGUACUAUACAUAGGACUACAAUAGGGGAUCUCGCAUGGCAUCCCAUACUUUGAAGUAAUGAUCAACUCACUAAUCUUAUGGACAGUUUUCCCAGUUUUAAGAACUUUUGAACAGAUCAACUGUGGAAAAAAUUAUAUCAUCAGAAAUUCGGGUGAACGUUUUAGUUUUUCAGUACUUAAUCAUCAAUCAUGGAGUAUUACGGAAUCACAGUGGACAUUUCAGUUAGGUGGAAUAUACAGUUUAUUUAAAUUUGUAAAUAAAUGUGUUCUUGGAUGCUAUAUUUGUAAAUGUCCAUACCAUUAAUGUACAGUCUUUUAAUAAUUGAUUCAUACUGGAGCUGAAAUUAUGUGGUUCUAAUUCACUGUCUUAUGUACAGUCCCAGAAAUGACCUUAAUAUGUAUUGGGUUAUGUUCUGUUUAGUCAUAAUUUCUUGGGGCUGCAUUUAAGACUGAUUAUUAUUAUUAUUUAAAUAUUGUGAUAAUCAACAUUAUGGUUCUAUGUAGUUAUGGACAAGAUUCGGAUAAAAUGAGGGUUGGAUGGUACAUAAUUGUAGUUCUAAUUCAUACAUAUAGAUGUCACGUUAUUAGAUUUAGUGUCUAGUUAAUCUUGUUAAUCUGAUGUCAUAUUAUAUUAUCAUUGUUCUAUAAUGUCAUAUUAUCCAACAUAAGCUUAGAAUCAAGAAAUAAUGGAGACCCUCUUUUCUUGAAUUCAGAAUAAUGUUGUUAUUUUAACCAAAAAGAUUUCAUGAACAGAUGAGCAUAGGUUAUGUUUUUAUUUCCCAUUGGUAUUUUACAAGAAGCACUUCUAUUAUACAAAGUAGUGAGUUACAUUAUAAAUGUUACCACAGAUUAUGAUACAUAAAUCAAUUUAAACUUAUUUUCACUUUAUAUAUAUAAAUGUUUUGUCGAAAUAAAUGUAGAUGGUUGAAAAUUGAA